AUGCUAGGAGAACCACCGCUCUGGUUUCCGAAGGAGUUUUUCUUUAAUCACAAUGAUAAGUCUGCGCGCAUAACAAUUGUUUGCAAAGGCAAAUGCUUUCGCAUACAACUGGCACCUGCCAACUUCAGUCAAUCUCCGACCUCUCUGAAAACGUAUCUGCGCUUAAUGGACUCGACAAGGCUGAGCAUGAAACAUGACUGGGUUCUAAGUUCUUUCAACCCGAUUUUCGACCAAAUUGAGCCGGCUUCUGUCAAUCAGCGCGGCUACACGCUUCGGGAUUAUCUCCAACCCAAGACGUAUAGCUACUCCGUUUACGCCACUAAUGAGGAACUGAACCGCCGCAUAUUUCAGCCCACCGAGAUGAAAUUAUGUGUCUCCGAACAUAAUGAAAUCUUAUCCAAACGUCCGACGAAGGUAUUUGCUGAUGGAACAGCCCGUUUCCUCAAACUUCUUGAUCACGAUGACCAAAAGGCUGCCAUUCGCGAGAUGAACAUGUACAAACGUAUCGAGACCUUGGGUUUGAACGACAAAGUAAAAGUACCCCGCAUGUAUGGAGUCGUCCAAGAUCGGUUAGAGGGUCGUAUUAUUGGACUGCUCUUAUCCUGGAUCAACUGCCGGAACAAGACGUUAGCGUGCGCUUUGGGACCUGAAACAUCAUCAACUCUACGUGUGAAAUGGGAUUCGCAAUUGACAGCAGCCCUGAAGUGUUUGAACGAAGCUGGCAUUGUUUGGGGUGAUGUCAAGGCAGCGAAUACAUUGAUUGAUGAUAACGAGGACGCCUGGAUUGUUGACUUUGGCGGUGGAUACACACAAGGGUGGAUGAGAAAGGAUCAGAUGGAAACAAUAGAAGGCGAUCAAGCCGGCCUUCUGGAAAUUAAGGAGCUUUUGAGACAGAUUCCAUGA